AUGUGCCCGAACGGAGCUGAGGAGGUCGAGACUCCAGCUGGCGAGGAGCAGGAGGAAGAGCAGGAGGUCGAGCAGGAGACCCCGGAAACCGAGGAGCGCCCGCAGACGCCCUUCGACAAGCGCCGCGAAUACCUGAUGAAGCGACUCGGCGCCAAGGCCCCCGUUGUCUCGGCAAAUGAGGAUGAGACGCCCGAAUCCGUGGCCGCCGACGAGGAGCCCGUCAACCCGCUGCGGUACCGACCACCCAACAUGCGGAUGCAC